GGACAGCGAUGUCGGGAAGCACAGGUCAAGAAGGAGAAGACAAGGGAGGGUCUAAGGGAACUGCCACAACAUCAGAAUCCGAUAAGGAAAGAGAGGAAAGAAGGAGGAGGAUGCGUAAUGUGGAAAACAUGUCAGAGGAGGAAAUAUUGUAGGCGGAGGAAGAUCAGAGAGAUGGUUCAGAGGAUAUGGAAUCCGGGGAUUCAUCAAAUGAAGGAGGGGAGCAGGAGGGGUCAGAGGAGGAGGAUAGUUCCAUUGAACAAUGGAUUCAAGAAGUGGAACAGUUGGAAUGGGGAAGGAUGAUUGAGUGUGAGAUCAGGCUUGCACAUCACAAACAUUUGAGAAAUCUCAAACAGGCAACACAGGUUGCGGAAGACAUCACCUCACAAAACAGAUUUGAGUUGCUAAAGAGGGAAGGUGAAAUCAACGAAUUUUACGCAGAACAGUAUGCAAGGAAGGCUUGCUUGGACAAGACUGACAUCCACAUUCAGCAUGACGAAUAUGCAAAGAUUUUCCAAUGGCCAAAGACGUAUCACAUCAAGGAGAGUAAGAGAGAAAACAAGAAAAGAAAGGUUCAGAAGGAGGAAGAACGGGGAAGUAAUGUGGGACUAAGGGGGAGUUCGAUGGAUGGUCUGACAAAGGGAGCUGAACAAAAACUGAAAGAGGAAGAGGAGGAAGAAAAACGGGAAUUGAACAGGCAAGUAGCGAUACUGGUAGCCCAGGUUAAUGUGCUAAAGGAUGAGAAUAAGGAAUUGGAUGAGGAUACGGAGGAGGGGGAGGAGGAGGACAAAGCAGACGAAGACGAAGACGAAGACGAAGACGAAGACGAAGACGAAGACGAAGACGAAGACGAAGACAAAGACAAAGACAAAGACAAAGACGACGAGGACGGCGACGAAGACGAAGACGAAGACGAAGACGAAGACGAAGACGAAGACAAACAAGAAGAUGAACAAGACGACGAAAAAGACGACGACGACGACGACGACGACGACGACGAAGAAGAAGAAGAAGAAGUAGAAGAAGAAGAAGAAGUAGAAGAAGAAGAAGAAGAAAGAAGAAGAAGAAGAGGAGGAGGAGGAGGAGGAGGAGGAGGAGGAGGAGGAGGAGGAGGAGAUUGAAUUUAACAACAACAGCAAACAUCCAAGUAUUUCACAAUGGCAAUGAAAACAAGCAGCUGGAUUCAAGAACUCACCCGACCCUUUUCUUCCUCGUUCUCACCAAGUGGAAACAAUCCUGGAUGUACUCGUGAAGACCUUAUGUAUUUUAUCUGUGCAUACCAAUUGAAACAAAAAAGGGCAAGCCCCAGAAAACAAGACAGUAUGUGUCAGUCAGAAGUUCACUGCAUCAGGUGUUUGCAAGUAAAACUCUAAGUUUUAG